CCCACCCCACCCCUCCGCAAACAGUCCAGAUUGGAAACACAAACUCCGCCGGUCGCCCUCCCUCUGCCAAAGCUCACGUCCCCUGCCUCCCAGCGCGCUCGCGCUCGCUCACUGCCUCUGCCUCCUUCUUCCUCCUCGUGCGCCCAGCCUCUCGGAGCCCUGUCCUGACCCGGUCACGAGGGGAGAGAGCACAUCUCGGACUUCUCCCGGGCCCCUCCCUAAGGGCCUGCAGCGGCCGCGCCAGGCGGGAGCCGAGCAGAGAUGCUCCUGCCCUCCCAGGCGGUCUCAGUCCCCGCCACCUGCUCGCCGGGGAAGAGGACACACGGAGCAGCUGGCACACCCAGAGUCCUCCCACCUUGACCCAAGCAUGCAGGCCCCCCCUUGCAGCCUCCCUGCUGGGCUGAGCCUGGACGACUUCAUCCCUGGCCACCUCCGGGCCCAUGUAGGGUCAUCCUCCCAUGGGACACGGAUGCCCGUGAUCCGGAGUGGGGGCUCCAACACCCUUAAUUUCCAGUUCCACGACCCUGCACCCCGGACCGUGUGCAAUGGGUGCUUCCCACAGAGGAGAGAUGCUUCCCGGUGCCCAGACACAGCCUGGUAUCAGACCUGGCCAGGGCCUGGGAGCCGGCCCUCAGGUAGCCCAAAGACCCCUGCCCCCCAGCAAGCCCAGAACUGGUCAGCCACGUGGACCAAGGACAGCAAGCGUCGGGACAAGCGCUGGGUCAAGUACAAGGGAAUCGGGCCUGUGGAUGAGAGCGGCAUGCCCAUUGCACCCCGAUCCAGUGUUGACAGCCCCAAGGACUGGUACCGGAAAAUGUUCCAGCAGAUUCACUGGAAAAUGCCAGACCUGCAGCUGGACUGGACAUUCGAGGAACCACCCAAAGCAGACGCAACUCAUCCCGGGCACCAGCGAAGACCUGCCUCCAGACCAGGCCCCGCCGCAACCUUGAGCGGAAGAAGCCGGGGCCUCCCUGAAGAGUUUCCUGGAAGCACAUUGAACUAUAAACCUAGAACAUCCUCCUCUCUGCUCCAGACACAAAAUCAGGUGCCCAGGUGCCAAGAGAGAGUAGACGGCAUCUGGAAGGAGGACUCCUGGAAUGAAUUUCUGCAGGAACUAGAGACUGGGCAGAGGCCAAAGAAACCUCUGGUGGACGAGCCUGUUGAUAAGCCCUCUCAGCCCAUUGAGGUCUUGCUUGAGAGAGAGUUAGCCAAGCUGAGCGCGGAGCUGGACAAGGACCUGCGGGCAAUUGAGACCCGGCUGCCGUCCCCCAAGAGCUCCCAGGCGCCCCGACGGUCCCCGGAGCAGCGACCCCCGGCCGGCCCAACCUUAGCCUGGAGCUCCAGCUCCCCGCAUGCACUUUACCCGGGUCCCUCCCGAUCCGUGAGCCCCUACAGAAUGGCGGAUGGAGGAAGCCCCUUCCUGGGUCGUAGGGACUUUGUCUACCCUUCCCCAAUCCGAGACCCUAGUGCCGCUGAACCAGGGGUCAGCCCAGCCAGGAAGGAAGAGAAGAAGGUAAGCCCCCCAUUUUCUCCCCCUGCCCAGAUGAAGGCUGCCAGGCUCAAAUAUGACUUCCAGGCACAGUCCCCCAAGGAGCUGACUCUGCAGAAGGGUGACAUUGUCUACAUCCAUAAGGAGGUGGACAAGAACUGGCUGGAGGGGGAGCACCAUGGCAGGCUGGGCAUCUUCCCUGCUAAUUACGUGGAGGUGUUGCCCGCAGAUGAGAUCCCCAAGCCAAUCAAGCCACCGACCUACCAAGUGCUAGAAUAUGGAGAAGCCCUGGCCCAGUACAACUUCAAGGGGGAUCUGGACGUGGAGUUGUCCUUCCGCAAGGGGGAGCGUGUCUGCCUGAUCCGAAAGGUGAACGAGAACUGGUAUGAGGGCCGUAUCUCGGGCACCGGGCGCCAGGGCAUCUUCCCUGCCAGCUACGUCCAUGUGUGCCGUGAGCCCCGGCUCCGGAUCUGUGAUGAUAGUCCCCAGCUCCCUGGAUCCCCCCACUUGACUGCCACUGCCCGUCUGGCCAGUAGCCCCAGCUCCUCCUCUGCCCCGCGCAGACCAGCUGACCCCACCGAAUGGGGAGGCCAGACCUCCCCCCACCGCACCGGCUUCUCUUGCCCCACCCAGGAGCCAAGACCCCAGACCCAGAGUCUCAGCACUCCCGGAUCAGCUCUGUCCCAUCCUCAAGGCGCCAGCCAUACCCUGGACCCGGGGACCUCCUCCUCCAACACCACUCAGAUACACUGGACUCCGUAUCGGGCGAUGUACCAGUACCGGCCCCAGAAUGAGGACGAGCUGGAGCUGUGGAAGGGGGAUUGGGUGGACGUCAUGCAGCAGUGUGAUGAUGGCUGGUUCGUGGGUGUCUCCCGGAGGACCCAGAAAUUUGGAACAUUCCCCGGAAAUUACGUAGCUCCGGUGUGAGUGGCCUCCGUGGCAAGUCACAGCCCAGCCAGGAUGGGUUGGGGAGCAGUAGCACUUAGGGGAGGGAAAGGUGACCUCCCCCACAUCGUCCCUGCCCUGGGCCUGAGCUCCCAGCAUCUGCAGACAACCCCAGAAGCCUUUUCCUUGGAGCCCCCUGGCCUGAUCCCCACCAACGAUUCACAGGCGUUCCUGUGACGGCCCUUUCAUCUCCUCCCCCAGCCCACUCCCCAAAUACAGAGGUCUGCUUUGAAGUGGAGACUGUUUCCAGGCCUUAUUGAGACCAGACCCCCAAGCCGCCCACCCCUACCCGCCAUGGUGUUUCCUCUAACAGGGACUGGCUCCCAGCUUCACCCCCAUGGGGUUCCUCUAACCAAGACCAGCUUCCUAACCUAAUAGAGACCAAAUGCCUCUGACUGGAAGGGAUUCUUCCCUUUUCACUUCAGCUUGCCUCCUGCUCCUUUGCCUUCCUGCCUCCAGCUGGGCCUGGGAGCAGGUGGGGGGCGGAUGCAGCCACCUUCUUAGCCUUCAGGCCUGGUAGGUCUUGCCUAAAGGCCCCUCUUUCCGAAGGCUGCCAGGCCCUAGCCUGGGCUCUGUACAUCGUUCCUCUGCUGUGCUGCCCAGGCUGCUGGCCUUGGAGAACUGGCCUGUCCCAAAUGUCUUCCAGGGGAGACUGAGGUUUGCUGCCCUCCUGUCUCUCCAGCACCCCCUCUCUAGCCCCCAAGUUCCCUCUGGAAAAGAAUGUAAAAUAAAUCUGGAGACCAGG